CAGUCUGCACACGGAAGCGCGGUUUGGAGAGCCUGUCCCAUUCCGAGACAACAGCCGGAUUAAAUGUUCUUCCUUAUUGCUACUACCCAUGACUCAAAACACACGGAAACAUCUAGAGUAAUUAUAGACGGCUUGAAAAUCGGAGCACUAUUUCGAUUUGUUUUUGAAUUAACUUUUUGGAGGAAUAUUUCUGAGAGUGAUACCAGGCAUUGUUUAUUAUGUCUCUCCACAAAGUGCCGGACGCUUCGCUCACCUCCCCAUCAACAUCUGAGUCCAAACUUGCAAAACUGUCUGAAGUCAAGGAUGCAAAAGGGCUUCCUGAGCUAAAGGAGAAAAAAUCCCCGGCGAACCACCUCAAACCCCUUCCUACUUCCCUUCAGAAUGAAUUCAGAAUCCCCGAGGAAGUUCUUCUGUCUUUGAACUAUGCAGCCAAUGCUGGUCCCUGUCCUGAGAACUUAUUGCCUGCGAAGAAACAUAAAGCCCCAAAGGGUGCCCUUCCACGUCUUGUGGACCAUGUCUGGCAGCAUCCUAUUCGAAGGGAUAAAUUCAAAUACCUGAUUGAUCAUCCUGUCUCCCUAACAGGAGCUGGAAGGGAUAUUUCUUUCCUGUAUGAUGUUAAAUACGUGAAAGGAGAGACCAGGGAGAACAAACUUUGUCCCCCAAACAAGUCAUCACAGCCACAGAACAGUGCCAUGGUGCCUCAUAAGAAGACAUUAGCAGACACUUUGGUUCCUGAAGAAUUUCAUAUUGUGUCAAAUACAGGAGUUUCGGGUUUGGAGUGUUACGACGACAAAUACACCACCCUCCUCACAGACAGUGAGAACAGGCUGUUGCUCUUCCCAUCCAUGAAACCGAAUAAGAGAGUGGAAGUAGUCCAGCUGAGUGACGUGAUGGACACCAUGUUGGAGAGAGCUGGAGUAGAAAAUGAGAAUUAUGUAGGGCCAACCAAGAUGCACCAGCUGCUCCAUGUGUUGAAGAGGGAACAGAGCAUUUACAACACAGUGUUUCACGAACUGAUUCGACAGGUCAGCGUGGACUGCGUAGACAGAGGAGAGCUGCUGUCAAGAAUCAGAGAAAAGUAUGUGCAAAUGCUUGACCACAUCGCCCGGCAGAUGAUUGAAUUUUACAAAGACCUGGUGACUCAGCGGAUGAUGGACCAGCGCAUCUUACAAGAACUGUAUAACUUCAAGAAUGUGAUUGAGGAACUGACCAGGGAGCUUUGCCUGGUUCGGGCCCAUGACAGGAAAUUAACAAAGGAAGCAGAGAAAGUCCAGAAGGAUCUGGCAGAAGCUCUUUUGGAAGCAGAAAAGAAUGCCAAAAUAGUAGAAGACUACCAUGACUUAUAUACAAUGCAGAGAGGAAGGAUGGAAAGCGAUAUUAAACUCUUAAUGACUGAAAGAGACAUCUGGAGCUCAGCCACAUAUGAACUGGCCCUAAAGGUAAUUGAAAGAAAUAGGGUCAUACUGGCUAAAAAACUCUACCUUAGUGAAAAAGGCUGGAAUAAAUAUGCUAAGCAUUUCAUCAUAAUGCUGUCAACUAAGGACACUGGAGACCUUGGAAUGGUGGAGAAGUUGAUACAAAAAUGGAAAAAGUUAGUAAACAGAUUUAAGCAGGAUGUGGAACGCACGGAGGAAUCUACAAAAGAAAAAUCACAAAUUGUGAAGGCUGGGCUCCUCAAAUGGCAGGAAUUCUUCAGCAACAACAUUGGAAAAGAUAUUAUAAUCCCUAAUAAGAAAAGCCCAUUCUUCGUAGUCCUUAAAGAAUUCAGGGAGUAUCAAAAGAUGCUGGAGGAGGAGAAAGAGAAGUUUACAGGGGAUUUUCUGUUGUCCCGAUAUGACACUUUCAAAGCGAUCAAACGCUUACAGGAAAACUGGACAGACAUUGGGUUUGGGAUACUUAGUCGCCAUAAAAGUAUGGAUGGGUUGUUGCCACCAGAGCACGAGUACAUGGAAGAUAUGGUAAAAAUCAUAAGCAAAUUCUACAGAGAAUAUGAAAUAAGAAUAAAUGGUGACCAUGGUAUCUCUAAAGUUCUUCCAAACUUGGUCAUUUCUUUGGACAUAUGUGUUUUCAAGUUAGAAAACUUCGUAGAGUAUUCUGAAAUACCUGCUGACCAGUGGCUUGAAGUUGAUGAAAAGAUUAAUGAAAUGAAGUUUCAUUUGGAAGCACUGAUAAACAUUAUUAAUUCGGUUGCUGAGGGCAUGGACAUGGAUUCUGGCUCGACACUCCAAGGACAUAUAUAUGAAAUGAUUCAACAGUGGCUUUUGAAGUUAGACAAUGAAAUCACCAAUGGUCAAGUUGAACUUCUUCGCCACCUGGAUGAAUUGCAUAUAGCUAUGAUCCGGUGGAUGGUAAAUUUGCUGACCAUAAUGCUUCCUGAUUUUACUGACCAAGACACUCUCCCAAAAAUGAAGGAGGACAACUUAGAGAUCGCUGAGGAUCGUGAAAUACAAGUUGCAGAAUUAGAGAUAAAUGGAAUUUCACUGGUCAGGCGGUUGGCACAAUACUCCAACUACUUGCACAGUUGCUGCGUAGGCAUGGUAAGAGCAAUGGCCCUGAGUAGAGCUGCUCACCUACAGAAGAACCCUGCUAAGGACCGUCAAGAACUGGAUAGGAUGAAUAGAGAAUGUUAUGACUGGAUCAGCACAUGUUCAUACCUCAUUUCUGAUAUCAAAGGCAGGAAAAUACGAUUACUGUCAUAUGAAGAAGCAGUGAAGCUGCUCGGGGAAGAGGAAGCUACAAAAGUUUAUUUUGACCCAGCAAAACCUUUUAUUGGUGAUGAUACUGAUGAUGAAAUUGACUUUAAGAAGCCUGAGGUUCAAGAAAAGGAAAAGGAAGAAAAGGAAGCGCUACCACCUGUAGCAGAAGCAGAAGCAACAGAGGCAGCAGAAGCAGCAACAACAGAAGCAACAGAGGCAGCAGAUGCAGCAACAACAGAAGCAACAGAGGCAGCAGAUGCAGCAACAACAGAAGCAACAGACGCAGCAGGAGCAGAAGCAACAGGGGCAGCAGACGCGGAAGCCACAGGGGCAGCAGACGCGGAAGCCACAGGGGCAGCAGACACAGAAGCCACAGGGGCAGCAGACACAGAAGCCACAGGGGCAGCAGACACAGAAGCAACAGGGGCAGCAGACGCGGAAGCAACAGGGGCAGCAGACACAGAAGCUACUGGGGCAGCAGAAGCAGAAGUCACAACAGAAGAGGAACCUUCGACAUCUAAAAACAAGAAAACCAUUCGAUACAUUAAGAAAGAUGAGAAUAUUCAUUGCAAACCUCUCUUCGAAGAAGACAUACUUUUAUCCUGGAGAGAACCAGCUAGUCAUGGUGUAUUGGAGCCAAAGUAUCAUGAAAUAAUGGAUGUAAUUGAACAUAUGCAGGACAAGCUAAUAGAGAUGGACGCCAGGGCCAGAGAGGCAGAGGAGAGGUUUGAUGAGGUGAACGAGCAGCUUCAUCACACCCUUAUAAAAAACAGAGAUCUUGAGAGGGAACUAGAAGAACUGGUGAAGAAAGUCACAACGGGGUCAGUAGUCAAGAUAGAAGGCACCAAGGACAACGAGGACCAUGGGGGAGUGGAUGAUGGAGAUGAACACCAACAAAUAAAAAAGUCCCCAAAAUUUGCCAAGAAAGAACACUCCAUGAGCAGUUUUGAAGCAUCUGGAAGCCGGACUAAACCUAAGACCAAACCCAAAUAGCCCCCUAGCGCCUGGGUUCACAGUGGCUGUGUCCCUGAAGAUGCAGAAGCAUUGCUGAGCUGGAGCAUUGGCGGUGCAGCUGACAUGAUCGACUCCCUUUGCAACAGCCACUAGAAAGGCCAUGCCAUCAAGGCAAGAAAAUGUCUCUUCAGAAGCGUGGCAGAGGCCAUAGGAAGUCAGUAUAUGAGUUUACUUGCCAGAUUAAAAACAGCUUAUGAGAAAGUA